UGACGCCACAGAGUGCGCCCGGCGUUGCGCUCCCGCUCCGUGCGCAGGAUGGGCCGUGCGCGUCCCGGUGCCGCGAGUGACCCCCAGGCCGUCCAGGGCACCGGUGGCAGCAGCGCCGUCAGCAAGUGCUCGGCGGCAGCGCGGGGCUAUAUCCAGGACCGGUUCCUGCGGCUUCUGGCGGGGCGGCGGCGGCGGCGAGCGCCGCUUAUCCACCGUGGUUAUUACAUCCGUGCCCGUGCUGUAGAUCACUGUGUUCAGGACUUCCUGCUGAAGACACAAAGCCUCCCUAGGACACAGAUCCUGUCUUUAGGUGCUGGCUUUGAUUCCUUAUACUUCCGUUUGAAAGAUAUGGGUCUUSUGCAUCACACUGUGGUAUAUGAGGUAGAUUUCCCAAAUGUGGCAUGCCAAAAAGCUGCUCUGAUCAAAGGAAUGAAAGAGUUGUCAGCGCUGGUGGGAGACACUGAAGGGGAAGGAUUAGGAGCCAUUACCUUUUCUGGAGAGCAUUAUAAAUUACUUGGAGUGGAUUUAUCAGAUCUGUCUGAGCUGGAGAGAGCCCUGGAGGAAGCAGGACUGGAUAAUGAAAUCCCCACACUCUUCAUUGCAGAGGUGGUGCUCACCUACAUGGAGAACACCAGGUCAGAUGCUUUGAUUCAGUGGGCAGCAGAGCAUUUCCCUCAGGCAUGCUUCCUGUUGUAUGAGCAGGUGCACCCAGACGACCCUUUUGGACAUGUCAUGCAGCAGCAUUUCAGCCAGCUGAACUCUGCACUUCACUCGCUGGCACAGUACCCUGAYUGUGAGGCACAGCAGAGGCGCUUUCUGGAAAAGGGGUGGACUGAGUGCAGUGUCAUGGAUAUGAAUGAGUUUUUCACCUGUUGUAUUCCAGAAGAUGAGCAGCAAAGAGUGCAGACUCUGGAGCCCUUUGAUGAGUAUGAGGAAUGGCAUCUGAAAUGUUCUCAUUACUUUGUGUUGGCUGCAUCAAAGGGGAUGGAACCUUCCUGGACUCCAUUGUUACCCAGUGUGACAGUUCCUCGUCAUGCUGGUCCUUUUGGGAUGGCUGGGAGCAUCYCUGCAGCAGUAUGUGAGAGGCUCUCAGGAAUUCCUGGCCUGAGACGUUACGGUCACCACUCUGUUCUUAUAAAACCCAAUGUGGUUCUCACCACAGGAGGCUUUGGGGAGGAGGGUGGACAACACUGCCGCAUGAGAAAUUUCCACGUGCUGAGUAAGCAUGCAGGCUACUGGAAAGCUGUCUGUCUGACACAGAAUAUUCCUGAUAAAAGAUGGGGUGAGAGGUUGUACCAUACUGUGUCUUGUCUCUCGGACACUCUGGCCCUGGUGGUAGGAGGACGAACAUCCCCAUCAAGUGCAGGCUUGGGAAUGUUGUGGCUAAAGUUCCCCAAAAUCUGUAAUGCUUCAGACUCAAAUCACAUUGCAGUGGAGCUUGUACGUCUGCAGUCUGCUGCUGAAGCAGCAGCUUCGCGUUGGAGACACAGCGUAACUGAAACGACAUUCAAAGGUGAGCAAUACCUGUUUGUGUAUGGUGGCCGCUCUGCUCUGGAGCCUGUGCUCGGGGAUUGGUAUUUCCUGCACACUCGAGAACUCUCCUGCACUGUGAUUGCUGUUGAGGGUCCAGUCCCAGAAAGCCGCCAUUCUCACAGUGCCUGCAGCUGGGAAGGAGGAGUGCUGAUCGCAGGAGGUCUGGGAGCAGCUGAGCAGCCCUUGGGUUCAGUUUUCCUUCUGAGGGAGGUUGAACAUGGCUUUCAGUGGCAGACAAUAGAGACGUACCCUCCUCUUGUCCCAAGGUAUUCACAUACUGCACAUGUGCAUGAAGGCAAGCUUCUGCUUGUUGGUGGAGUGUGGUUUCAUGCCUCCUCUGUGCCAGGCGUCACUGUCAUUGACUUAAUGACUGGUCUCUGUUUGGACUAUGUGAUUAAUGUGGAGCAUCUGGAAUGGCCAUUAAUGCUACAUAAUCAUAGCAGUGUCUUUCUGCCAGAUGAGAAGGAGGUGUUGGUCAUCGGUGGUGGUGGAAACUGCUUYUCCUUCGGGACACACUUGAACCCAGAGCCUGUCUCACUGAGCCUCWGUAACAUCCUAACCAGUCACUGAGUGGGACCAAGCAGGGUUGAACUAUGGCAUGACACUGUGGGGAGACAUCUAUUCACUGUAGGUCCAAAAGCAGCUGUCUUGGUUUUGAGACAAUGUUUUCAGAGAGAAAACGUCACAGGGAAACGUUUCCUCUGAAAUGAAAAUAAAUUUGAUAAUUUUUUUUUCCCACCAACAAGAAAUAGAUGCUGGGCAAAAAAGGUGAGGAGAAAAAAGGUAGUUUUAUUAACAAAGAAAAAACAGUGCCCACAGGACACAGAUAAAGAGUAACUGUUAGAUAGCAAGGAUACAGAUAAAAAGUAACCUUCAGAUAUUCAAACAAAAAAAAACUCRCCRUGCAGCAAGGYAGUGACU